GUGUACCCGUCUGCAUGUAUAAAAUCUGUAUGUGUGUACCCGUCUGCAUGUAUAAAAUCUGUAUGUGUGUACCCGUCUGCAUGUAUAAAAUCUGUAUGUGUGUACCCGUCUGCAUGUAUAAAAUCUGUAUGUGUGUACCCGUCUGCAUGUAUAAAAUCUGUAUGUGUGUACCUGUCUGCAGGUCUAAAAUCUGUAUGUGUGUACCCGUCUGCAUGUAUAAAAUCUGUAUGUGUGUACCCGUCUGCAGGUCUAAAAUCUGUAUGUAUAUGUACUGCCCUGAACACACUUUUCUUUUUUUUUUUUUUAUAUGCCUCUAAACACAGCUCACAUUUUCAUUUGUA